GUCACUCCAUCUUGUCAAACAUAUUCACGGAUUGUUUUUCGCCGUUGAUCUACAAUUCCCCCGACAACCCUCAACCGACGUCCAUGUUGUGUUCCAUUUCGACCCAGAAAUCCGGCGGUACUAAAUGGCCCGACCGUCUCCGAUCGUCGAAGGGUUUUCCAUCCGGCGACCUCGUCAAUUUCGAAGAAAUGCAUCACCAUACGUUUUCCACGCUUGAUUCCGCGACAAUUAAUCUCACAUCCCCGAGGUCAGAAGGCAUCCGUUCGGAAUGCUGCUCGUUUGGAGCUGAAUCAGAGAAAGAACAGGUUCUUGAAGGUUCAGUCGAUGGAGAAGGCAAAGAAUUGUUCAAUGCUUUUAGCCAUGUUCUCGCCGAGCUGUUUAAUAUGGGAGAACCCAGUAAUUAUGUAGUACAUAAAAAGGUUUCUCGGAAACAAUCAAACCCUAGGCUUUUUGCGGCUUCCACUUCUUCUGAAUGUAAUAAUGUUUCUGGCCCCGGGGAUGAGCAGAGAGCAGAAAUAAAGACAGUGAACAGCAAGUUGAAGCAACUGGAGCCAGGACAGAAUUUAGUACCAAGUGAGGAGGAGGUGAAUAUCAAUUCAACAGCAAUGGGGUUUUCUAGGAGUGAGGUUACUGUGAUAGACACAAGUUGUACCCCGUGGAAAUUUGAUAAAUUGCUGCUUAGACAGAAAAAUGUGUGGAAGGUCCGUGACAAAGGAACAAAGACAACAUAUUUGGGGAAAAAGAGAAAUGAAAUUGCAGAGCAUGACAAUGUUGGUGGAACGAAGAAGCAGAAAGCUUUUAGUGGAGAAGAGAGUAAACUCCCAAAAAAUGAAGGACUUCAACCACGGGAUAAAUUUGAAGAUGUUUGUAGAAAUACAUCAGAUACAGUCCGCUCGACCCUGGAAAAGAAGAACAGAAAUUUUGCAUUGAAGAAAGCAAAGUCCUCUGUAGUUCUUAUUCAAAACAUUCCAACAAGUAAGAAGAUUGGAAUAUGGAUCCCUAGAAAGGCUUCUCAUCGGCCAUCCACAUCUUGACUCGUGGAAGCUGCUGCAACUGCAAUAUGAAGCAGGCGUACACAACAUGGAUUUAUUUGUAAUUUCCUUUUUUUUGUUUGUUUGGUAACAUUUUGAGUUACUUGGGAGUCAGGAUACAUAUCUGAUUAUUGAAAUGAAUUUGUGAAGGUUUUGGUGUGCUGAUUGUGCUAUUUGUUGAUCUAUGGUCCUCCUGGGGCAUUGUGGUAAGGU